GACAAUUAGCAAAACGCGGCUUAGAAUACUUAAGCACUCUUUUCUCUUAAAAAUAUGUCAUCCCUGAUCACGAAGGCAUUUUCUGUCCGCGGCCCCCGAGUCAACCCAGUGUCAACUCGCUUGCAUCUCAUCACAAUCCCGGCACUGGUGGAAUUGAAUCGCGCAAGAGAUGAGUGACGUGUUUGAAGGUUACGAGAGACAGUACUGUGAGCUGUCCGUCAAUUUGUCUAAGAAAUGCAAUUCUGCUUCAUUUCUUCCCGUUGGAGAUCCAAAGAAGCAACAUAUAUCUUAGCUCACAGUGGGGUUGGACGAAGCGGAUGGUCUGAUUCGAAAAAUGGACCUUGAGGCAAGAAGUUUGCAACCAAGUCUAAAAGCUGCUCUUCUUGCUAAGCUAAGGGAAUAUAAAUCCGACCUCAACAAGUUGAAAAGGGAAGUGAAAAAGCUAACAUCUAGCAGUUUCGAUCAAACAGCCCAUGAAGUAUUGCUGGAGUCUGACGUCGCAGAUGUACAUGCAGUUCCCUUGUGAUAUAUGUGCCAUGAAGUUCUUGGAGUACACUCCGCUUGAUCAUAUAAGUGAAUUUUUGAGUCAUGUGAAUCUAGGAGAACACACUGUUAAAUGCUCUCUUGAAGCCUACUCUUGCAAACACACUGGAACGGAUAAGAAGUUGUCUUUCAGUUUGGAAAAUGAGAUUCUUGAUUACCUCGGAAAGUCAUCUGACACCGACUCAUCUUCACCGGUUGAUUAUCUAUGUUGUAGAUCCAGCCGAAAGACAUUGAUUUAUCUGCUCCUUACACUGAAUCACAUAUAUCCAGAUCAUGACUUCAGGUAACUCUGUAGAUUAGUUUUUUGACAUGAGCUGAGAAGUAGGAUUAUGGGUAAUGCCACUGUCAGCUUUUUGGGCGAUAUUGCAUCCGGUUAUAAUCCUAUCUUACAGCUUUGUGGGAGUGUUGUCAAAAGGUUUGACAGGCAGUUUAGAUGACUGUUGCUCUAGGUGGAGCUGAGAGUUCAAGUCUCUCCAUUUCCCAAAACUAAAAUCCGUCCACUUGGCUGUACUGAUUACUGUGUGAUGUUUUUUUGGUGAUGCCACAAUGUUCCAACUUUCUGGUUUACCAGUGCAGUGAAUGCUCACCAAUUUUUUUCUGAAGAAAACUGGGAUAGUUUUAAGCAGGCAUUUGAUACUUACAUGUUUGAGGCAUCCAAGGAAUGGAUUGAGACACAUGAUGGCAGUCCUCUGCUAGAGACAUUGUACACGGCCUUGGAUGAGGUGUGUUUACUUUGACAAAACAUAUUGAUACGUGUGCUAAAAAUUUGACAUAUAAUGGUUGCAGGUUGUGAAAGUCUCUGACUGAAGUUUAUAGCUACAAUCCCGAGGCUGAUUCAGAUCCAUUUCAUGAAAAAGGAACCUUAUGGGCAUACCACUUCUUCUUCUACAAUAGGAAGUUGAAACGCAUUGUCAGCUUCCGCUUUAGCUGUGUGAGCAACUUGGCUUCAGCCGAUGGAUUGAAUAACCAGGAAGAAGAUGGAUACAUAUUCUUCGAUGGCAUGGACAUGUGAAGAAGCAAGAAAGCAAGACAAUGUGACGUGAAGAUGUAUGCAUAUGAUGAUGCUCUAUAAUCAGUCACUGGGAAAUUGUGAUUACUAAUUAGGAUGAAUCCCGCACUUAACCAGCACUUCUGUUAAUAUAUGUGUAUGAAGAUCAUGAACAAAUAUGUGAUUACUACUCGGUAUUAGGUAGGUUGCAACUGGAUCUUAUGUAUACACUAUACAUUACUAAGGCCACGGAGAACAUGUGAUGAAUGACCAAGGCCGGGUAUAGUUGCUUCAAAUGUUAGUUCCUCCGUCCAAAAAUGAACCGACAACGAAGUUAGAAUCA